GGGGCGGGGAGGCGAUUGUGGUGGGGCUUCUCCCGCCCGAGACCCUCGUCGCGUCGCCGCCGGCAUGUCGCGGAGCCCCAGCGAAGCCGCGGAGUCGGCAGAAGAUAAUUCUCUUGCUCUGACCUAUGAUUCUGAUACAGAAGCAGUAAGUUGGACACUGAAGAAGAAAAUGUCUCGCAGGCCUACAAAAUCAAGAUCUCUAUAUACCUCUCACACCUGCCUCCAUUCUAAAAGGACUGGCUUUCUGCGGACGUUUAAAAGCGCAGAGGGUAAACGCUUUGAGAGCCCCUUAGUGAAAGCCUCAAGGCAAUAUUGGCAUGGGUCUCUGAAGCAAGGUCCCUGGAUGAGCCACUCCAAGUCCGACAUUGGCAUCAGAACUGCUUUCUCCCCUCUUGCCGGCAGCACACCUGAGUACCUCAAGGAAGCUUUGGGGAUGAAGAAACCGAAACACGCUCGCUCUGCCAGCCGUGGCUACAUCCCUGGGACUCCAGACUACAAGGAGAAGGAGGAUAUGUAUGACGAGAUAAUCGAGCUUAAAAAGACAAUCCAAGCUCAGAAGUGCGAAGCAGAUCGGAUGAAAACCAAACUUCGGCGAGUGGAAGAAGACAACAACCGGAAGGACAGACAAAUCGAGCAACUUUUGGAUCCCUUCAAGUAUUCUGAAUUUAGCUGGGUACGGACAGAACAGAAAAAUGAGAGCAACUCGAUGAUAAAUGGUUUGAAGCAGAAGAUUCUCAGGCUAGAACAGCAGUGCAAGGAGAAAGACAACGCCAUUAAUCAACUCCAAGCAGACGUGAAGAAUACCGACAUGGAAGAAAUGACCAUCGCUCUGCGUACUUCCUACCAAGAGAUCCGGCGCCUCCAGAACCUGCUGACGCACUCAAAAGUUGUGCAACGGAAAACUGCUGAGAGCCCCCACCAGAAGAUGCUCAGCACGGCCGUCUUCCAGCUAUCCGAAAGGAUGAAGGAACUGCAGGACCAGAACGAAAGGCUGAAAGCAGACAUGGACCACGCUCUGAGCAGCUUCCUCUCGUCCAGCCAAGCCAAAAGUUAUCUUGCUCGCCAGAGGCAGAAACUGCUCCAACAGAUUUCUGCUGGGGAAAAAGAAAUGGAGGAUGGGUUGCGGCCUUCAGAGGCCAGCAGGGCGCUGUUGCUCUCUCCCACAGCUUCUGGAGAAGUAGAUCACUCCGUUGCUAAGGAAUCCGAUCUCCCAGAAAUGUGUGAAGCUCUUGGCAAGACCGUGGCGGGGCUGAGAGACCAUAUUCUCGUCCUUCAGAAUCAGCUGGCAGUUAAAGAGGCAGAAAUCCGGCAGCUGAAAGAGAAGUUGAGAGAGCUGGAAGGAAACCAAAAAACCACCUGUAGACAGGCCGGGAUUGAUGUGACGCAACCUCCAGAUCAGGCUCCAGAUUCAUCUUCCAGGCUGCGCCCUUUGCCCAGAGUUGUUGGUUGCAAAGCAGGGAGGGAAGAGGAGGAAGAGAAGACAGCAGCAGCCGUGAGCCUCGUUCGGUCUGCAUUCAGGGCUCACGACACAGAAGCAACCCUCGAGGAACGGCCUCUCCCCUCCUACUCCGGGAGGGAGAAAGCCGAGGAAGAAAAGGUGGGCUGGUCACUAUUCAAAUUCUCCCCUCUGCUCUUCACUUCCGAUUCUGCUACCACCUCCCACCAUCAGCGGCAAGCUUCCCCCUCAAAGCUCGAGCACCCCGGGGCUGAGUCAGACGACUCGGAUGAGAUCAUCACAGUCAUGUCUUCCUUCCCAUGAAGGCCACCUCAUCUUCCGGCUCCAGCAGUUCUGUGUGACGUCCUCUGGGGCGAUCCCGGUUUGUGAACCAAAGGCAUCUUGGUUUGGCCAAAAAAACAAAAGAAGUAGUAAGGGGACCCAUAAUGUCGCCGUCUCCACUUGGUGAUUUGGAUGAAGAUUACCGAGGCAACCCUCCUUUACUAAUGUAUACCCCAGCAGUGUGCAGGUAGUCCUCGGUUUACGACGACAACUGGGCUCCAAAUUUCUUUUGCUAAGCAAGAUAGUUUUUAAGCCCCAUCUUGUGACUUUUUAUGCCAUAGUUCUUAAGUGAAUCCCUGCCAUUUGUUAAGUUCAUAACACAGUUGUUGAGCGAAUCCAGCUUCCCCUGUUGUCUUUGCUGCUCAGAAGGUCGCAAAAUGGGAUCACUUGACAACACCCACCCACCCCCCCGGUGACAUUGGCAACCGUCAUAAAUAUGAGUCCAUUGCCAAGUGUCUGAAUUUGGAUCACAUGACCACGGGGAUGCUACAAACGGUUGUAAGCCUGAAAAACGGUCGUAAGUCACUUUCUUCAGUGCCGCCGGGACGGUCACUAAACAACUCGUUGAGAGCCAAGGACUAUCUGUGACGUUACCAGAAGCAAGUCACUCAAACCAAACAUCUCUUUUUCUUUUAGUCCGCGUUGAAUUCGGCUGCUGUUUGCCAGCUGUAUCCCCCUCCACGCGGUUCUUUAAACGUCCAACUUCCAUCAUUCACCCCCCCCCCCCCACAGGGCCCCCAAAUAUUCAGGUCUUCCUCUUCUGCUCCCAUUCCGGUGGCGUCAGAGAAACUGGCGUGCUGAAAGGGCCCGUUGUGUGUCCCUAUUGUUGGCUGGAAAAGCGCAUCACAAGCUUGUUAAAGAGUCGCAACGUCUUUGGAAACAAAGUCAGAGGCCAAAGCUUGGUAGGCUGUGUCCGGCAAGAUGGGGACGAUUUUCUGUAAGCAAUAAAACAUAAAAGAAAUUAA